AUGGCGUCCACCCAGCAGGUGCGCGCCAUGGAGCGGUUGCUCGCGGCGGAGAUGUGGGAGAGCGCCGAGGCGCUGGGCGGUUUCCUGUGCUCCGCGUCGCCGAGGAUCCCUCCGGACGCCGUGGCGAGCGCCGAGCGCGCGCGACACCUCGCGCUCUUCGGCGACGCGCUACUGGGUAAAGGCGAGCACAGGCGAGCGCUGAACGCGUUCCGGCAGGCGCUCAGUGUCAACAGGCUCGCGCCCAAGGUGCCGACGGGUAACAAUCGAUCGUCGGCGAUGGGCACGCCGGAGACCCCCGCGACGCCCGGGAUAUCGCCGCCGGUGGACGAGGCGUCCCUCAAGUUCAAGAUCGGCCGAUGCCACCUCGCCCUGCGCGAGUACCGCGCGGCGUUGGCCGAACUCGAAACCAUCCCGGCUCGCGCCAGAACCCUGCCCGUCACCAUGACCCUCGCCAAGACGUACAGGCGCACCGGGUACGAGCGCGCGGCGGUGGCGUGCUACAAGGAGGUCGUCCGCGACUGCCCCUACGCCGUCGACGCCAUCGCCGCGCUCGCCGAGCUGGGAUGCUCGGCCGAGGAGAUUCGCGCCGACGCGCACCACGAAGAGCCGCCCGGCGACGCGUCGUACGGCUGGCUUCACCACCUCGCGGAGGCGCACGGAGCCGCGCGUUCGCACAGGCUCGAAGCCGCGGCCUCUCAUCUUCGCCGGCUGGACGAGAUCUUCCCCGACGAUCCCCGCGUGUGGUGCCAGCUCGCGCGCGUGCACCGCGACAGGGGCGACGUGCAGGAGGCGGCGGACUGUUACAGGCGGUGCGUGCGAUCCGACCCGUGCGUCGUCGAUUGCAUGGACGCAUUCGCGGCGCUUCUUAACGGGCCGUCCGUGGAGCUCAACGCCCUCGUGAACAACCUGCUGGAGAACGCCCCGGGUCGGGCGGAGUCGUGGAGCGCCGCCGCGCUGUACUGGGAGAGCCGCGGCGACGCCGAAAAGGCGCUGUCGUUCGCCGAGCGAGCGUCCGACAUCGACGAUCAACACGUCACCGCGCACGUCACCAAGGGGUACCUGAGACUCAAGUGCAAGCGCGCGGACGCCGCGGUGCACGCGUUCAAACGCGCGCUUCAACUGGCGCCCGCGACGCGAACGUACGCCGGGCUCGUCGCGUCGUAUCUGAUUUUGGGACGAAUAAAAGAAGCGACGGCGACGGCGAAGGAGUGCGCUCGCGCGGCUCCGAACGCGUCGGCGUCGCACGCGCUUCUCGGGGACGUGGAGGCCGCGGCGCAGGGGCACAGGGACAGGGCGCGGAGGUUUUACGAGCAUUCGCUCAAGCUCGAUCCCUCGUGCGCCGGGGUGGCGGCGGCGCUGGCCGAGACGCACGCGGCUUCCGGUCGUUCGGAAGCCGCGGCGGAGCUGCUGCGACGUCACCUGGACACGCACGCGGCGCACGACGCGGGGGCGCAGGUGGCGCUGCACUGCAGGCUCGGCGCGGUGCUGGCGCAGUCGAAGCAGCUCGCGGACGCGUUGGGGCACUACCAGAGCGCCCUGGCGAUUUAUCCAGAGAGCGACGAGGCGAGGCGAGGGGUCAGUCGGGUGGAGCGGCUCAUGAAGGGUCAGGACCCGGACGCUCCCGACGAGGAGGUGGACGAGGAGGAGGACGACGACGAGGAGGUGGAGGAUGCCGAUGCCGACGGCGACGACGGCUCCGACUUCAUGGGGUGA